GGGAAGCGAGCGCGGCGCUUGAGAAGCAAGGCAGUGAUCAGAGCGCUCGUCCGGUGGAGUACUCCUUCGAUCUAUGCCUUGUCGACGUCACUUGGGCCGGCGCGCGAUUCCGCCAGCUGCAGCAGGGGACUGUUGCGGAGGAAGAGCUUUCUCCGACUGUGCAGGCCAUCCUGGCAGAUACCCUUCGCUGGCUGCGGCAAAGAGGGGGCUGCCAACUACAUGCGUUCAUUGGCCACACCGUCGUCCACGGAGCGAACACUCGGAAAACUAUGGAUGGUGGUCUGGAGCCACCAGCUUUUGCUUUCGACAACUAUACGGAAGAGCUGGUCCGUGGCCUGAACGACUUCAGCGGCGACUUCCGCCAAGCCAAAGGGCCUCGCCUCCCGGUGACGAGCCCGCUGGGAUG